AUGGAGAAGGCUAGGCGGCGGCACGUGCCGGCGUUCGGGGAGUGGAACUACUGCUACUCCUCGGCGUCCUCCCCAGAGGAGCCGGCGCCGCCGCACUCCGGCGCCGCGGCCGUCAAGUCCUGGUGGUGGUACGCGCCGGAGCCGGAGGCCUGCAGCGACGCCUGGUUCAGGUACUCCCCGCCCCCACGCCGUAGGCCGCCGGCGCCUAAUAAGAAGAAGGCGCGGAGGCCGGAGACCGCGGGCGGCGGAGUCGUCGUCGCUGGAGCUGCGGAGCACGAGAGGGCGGUGGCGGCAGCGCGCACGCCGGCCAAGGGCGCCCGCAGGGUUGUCGUGAGGCCCGUCGACGAGGACCUGUACCGGGUGCCGCCGCCGGACGACGAUACUGCUGUAUCUCGCCUUCCAAGGCGGCGGACUAAAAAGUUUCCUCGCUUUGGUUUGCAGAAGAGGGCGGCGAGGAGGAGCUUGUGGAUGGGCUGCUUGGGCCUCAACUGCGUCGCCUGA